AAUGCGCAUGCGCCAUCUUUGUUUGCGGAAGUAGAGCAGCGUGGCAGAUGACGGCAGCGACCAAGAGAUGUUCAAACACGUUUUCUUGACAGGACCUCCAGGUGUGGGCAAAACCACUCUGGUCCAGAAGGCUUGUGACGCUUUAGUGUCAUCAGGUCAUUCUUUGGAAGGCUUUUACACGGAAGAGGUCAGGCAAGGAGGUCAGCGGACUGGUUUUGAUGUGGUCACAGUGAGAGGAGAAAGAGGCCACCUGUCCAGAAUCAGAGACGUCACUGGUGCCUCUCACGGCAGACCCGUGUACACAGUUGGCCAGUAUGUGGUUGAUUUAGCUUCAUUUGAAAGCCUGGCUCUCCCCCUCUUCAAGAAGGUGCGCUUAAAUGGCGGCGAAAACAAGACAGUGUUUGUCCUCGACGAGAUCGGGAAAAUGGAACUCUUCAGUCAGCCAUUCAUCAGGGCUGUGAGACAAACACUUGACUGCUCUUCCUGCACCAUCUUGGGCACCAUCCCUAUCCCCAAGGGGAAACCCUUAGGCCUGGUGGAAGAGGUGCGGAUUAGGAGCGAUGUGAGAGUCUUCACUGUGUCGGAGGAAAACAGAAAUUCCAUUCUGCAAGAAAUUCUGUCAGCGCUCCAGCAAAGUUUAAAACAGUAGAGCUAACAUUUGACGUAGAAAACAGAUUUUACAUUUCAUAUUUGAUCACAAAAUGGAUCACAGAGCAGGUUACCUUAUGAUUUCAAUUAUUCAAUGCUAAUUGUCUGUAAUUAUUUUGAUGUUCAAUUUGAGGGACUACUCAUUAAAAUCCAGUCACAA